AUGGCGAAGGGAGCACCGAAACCGGUGACUAGAGAACGAGAAAGUCAGCGAUCCAGCACCAAUGAUUCUCUUGGUCCAGGUCAAUUGGAGACCCCUACUCAUGAAUGCCCAGUAUCUGAAAAAGAAGAAUUUUGUCAGAGGGUUGAAGGGAAUGUUGGAGCGAGGGCCCUCGGCGUAGUGGUACGGGCUGGCGAGUUGAGCACGGGUGGUGGAAAAGCCACGGCGGGCGACAAGGGAGGUGGCCAUUCUGGCCCGGAGAGCAGUAGCGGCAUUCAUCUUGGAGAGAGAGAGUCAGAGGUAAUUGGGCUGAACACAGAGCAUGCAUCAACGCGCACCUUGAAGAAAGCAGUAGCGUACGGAUGGGGGUAUCAGUCAACGGGAAGAGCAAGACGAGUGGAACGAGCAGCAGCUGGCGGUUCUCCGGAUGCCGGUGCACGUGAUACUCCUAAAAGGGCAAGUUUUCCCGGCGGCGAGCCUGCAAUUGCCCGGCCCAAUCACACGCCGCCUUCCCAAAAGAAACAGUGA